AUGUUAACACUUGGCACAAAGGCCUCACAUGUUUGCCGAAAGGAUUUCUUUGUUUCUAAAAACGACCAUCCAAAUGUUUUCGUGCACGUAUUAAGGAAACCUCUCCCCAAAACAGCUGACAGUAAUGUUUCUAACGUGCUGGCGCUUUUCAUUUCUCAAAAAAAGUACACAAUAUGCCGGGGGGGGGUUAACUCCUUGCCUCUCGCUGGAAACACUACUAAGAUGAAGGGCCAGGCCAAAGAUUCAGCCCCCCGCCGCCUAGUGAUCAUGGGCUCCUCAGGGGUCGGAAAAACAGCACUCAUCUCCAUGUUCCUCCGGGGGCGGGUCAGCCCCAUCUACUACCCGACCGUGGAGAACUGCUUCGCCUGGAAGAUGUCCAAGGGAGGCAGUGAGUGCCAACUGGAAAUCAUCGACACCUCCGGCAGCGGCGACUUCCCAGCCAUGCACAAGCUCUACAUCUCCACCGGCCAGAUCUUCAUCCUGCUGCACUCGCUGGAGGACCCCAAGUCCUUCGACGAGAUGCUGCGCAUCUUGGAGGAGAUCAGCCAGGAGCGGCCCGACGAGCAAAUCCCCAUCUUCGUCGUAGGCAACAAGGCCGACUUGGUCUCUGUCCUGCCACCUGAAAGCUUGUCUGUCCGUUGUUUGAAAGGAUGUGUAUGA